AUUUAGCUUGAAGAGUUUUUGUAAACAUUUACUUAUACCAUGGGUUUAUCUAAAGAGGAAAAGAAAGCCAAGAAAGAGGCUAAAAGGUUAGAAAAACUUAGAGCAGAAAAUGAGGCACGAAAAGCGUUAAAGCGGGAAGAACUCGAACGAGAAAUAGCAGCGCAGGCCCGAAAACGUGGCGAGUUAGACAAGAGCUGGCGUGAAAUGAUGCUCAAAAUAAAAGAACCGAUAUUCAAACAAGAUAUUGAAGUAUUGUGGCAUACGUUCGAAAGAGCUUAUGACAAAAAAGAUUACUUAAUUAAAUACAUUAUGCAGCUGAUGGGUGUCGCUGAUGAUCAGUUUCAGAGAACCGUAGCCAGUUUUUGUGACACAAUAGACACGAUGAUCAAUAAAUUCCUUUCAGAGUUAGAGGAGUUAACAAAAUAUAACGAUAUAAGAACGUCUCAAAUACUUAAAUCUGGUGAAGACGAAGCUUCACGUAUAGCCACUGAUCAUAACGCAGCCGAGACUCAUCUUCAGCUUUUACUUUUUCAUGGACGUACAACAGCGGAUUCUAUGGCUUGGACUACUAGGGGCGAAAAUUUAGUUAAGGAAGAUGAGGAACGAAAUAAAUAUGCUAAUGAACGAGAAAAUUUGCGUUCAUUCCUCGAAAACACUUACAACUCUACUUGGGAUGAAUAUAAAGCUGUAUUGAAAUCGUAUGUAGUUGAAACGGCUGAAAAUCAAAAACAAGUACGUAAAUUGCGAAGGAAAGAAAAUCUAAUGGCAGAUAUCAUUGCGUCUCAGGCUAAAAAAAUUGCCAACAGUGACGGUUUGCUAAAACGUCUUCGAUCUGAAUUAGCGGCAUAUGAAUCGGGCACUAAGCAAGCAGUGUUCCGAGAUCGUCGAGAUCGCCAUCGGGCAGCGUUUUUUAAAUUGAAAAAAACGUUGGCAGAUGGUUGCGCUAUUGAUUCAAAUCAAAUGGCAGAAUUAGUUAGACAGUCCGAUAGCGCACUAGAAUGGCUUGAAGCAGCUUAUAAAAAAGGUGAAAAAAUAUUACGUAUGGCUGCUUUAUGUAGAAAAUUUGAAACGCAACGGGAAAAAGUUUUGCCUUUCGGUUCCAACCAGCCGUAUUCCCCGACAGAAACGAAAAUCAGCUUACGACAGCAACAUUCAAAUGAAUCAUUGGUCGCUAAUGCUAUGUCGUCUACUGGAGGACUUACGAGACUGUGGCAGAAAAUAUCCAACGCCGAAUUAUCGAGGAGGGCUUUGGUUCGUGAAAAAAUGUUUUUAGAGAAAGAAAACGCUUUAAUUAUACAAAAAAUUCAAGAAUAUCAGGAGUCAAACAUUAUACCCGAGUCUCGUAAAUGUCCUUGUGAUCCAGGAAAGACGGACCCCGCUUGCCAUCCUGUAGCUAUAGAUGGUGUAUUGGAAGUACUUAAAUAUAGAUGAUUAUUUUUUAUUUAUACUUAUAUUCUUAUUUCUAUCAUAAAUUAGAUUAAAAAAACUCCAACCAAACCAAAAGCAGUGUUAUUAUAUUUAGGUAAACACAAUGAAGUAAAACUAAUUUCGAUGUUCCUGGGAAUCCUCAAAGACUUUUAAAUAAAUUUUGUCACA